AUGUCUUCUAAUGUUUCUCAGUUGCAUGCGAAUGAUGCUGUCAAAGGACUGCUAGCCAAGAUGCUACCAGGUGCUGUUCAAAGUGCUGAAAACAGUGCACAAAAGACAAAACAGAAGCAGAAAGGAUCUAAGGCACAGUUAAUAGAUCGUAAUUUGAAGAGAAGGGUUCAGUUACAAGAGCUGGAUGUAGAAAAAUUGAAGAAAAAGCAGAGUAGGAUAAGAAGGCGAGAUUUGCAGAAACAGAGAAGAGGUCAGGAGGAGAUAAAGCAAUUAGCGGAAUUGGAGGUCUUGGAAAGGCAUAGAAAAGAAGGCAAAUUGACGAAGAAAGAAACUAAGCAUUUGAAUCGACUUGUCAAUGUAAAUGCUGAAAGAGCUAAAUCUUGGGAAUUGGACGAAGAUGAAAAGGAGGAUCUUUUAGAAUUACAGAAAUAUAUCUUGGAGAAAACGACUAGUGCUAAUAGAGUUGCAAAAAGUCAAAAGAGGAGACAAAAGAAGAAGACAUUCAAUGAUAAUAAGAAGGGUGUGUCCGCAUCUAUGGCUCGUAGGUACCCUGGUUUGACACCUGGUUUAGCACCAGUGGAUAUGAGUGAUGAAGAGGAAUCCAGUGAAGAGGAGGAAGAGGUGGAAAUGAAAGAAUAG